AUGAGAGUAAAAGAAAACACCCAGAAAGGUACAGUAGCAUCACAGGAAUUGAGUGGUAUUCUCCUUGACAGUGGAGGUUCACGUGAAACAAUGAUUCCCCAGGCUCCCCAGUUUAUGAGCCCUGCUCUUGCAGACCUUAAAGGGCUAGACUUUUGCUUUGAGACUGACAAUACAAACUCUUCAGGGGGAGGGGUUAUUGAUUUCAAAUUCAAGGGAAAAGCAAAUACUCCAGCAGCUUUAUCUGUUGAGAAGAAGGAAGGUGAUGAUGGGCUCAUGAAAUUUGUACGCGCUGCAAGACUUCUUCAGGAACUUAUGAAUGAUCUAACCGCGUGCCAGAAACACCCGGAGGCAGUUCUUUACAACUUCCACGAUAACUCAAAGCCCUCAUCUUCCCCAGAGCUGUCCACCACCAAAGAAGCGAUGAAGAAUGAAGUUACUUCGAAGCCCACGAAUGACCCCACUGCGCCUCCCCAGGAACCCACUCUCAAAGCAAUCAAGGCAGCCCCCGCUACGCCAUCAAAGCCUGUCUUUGGAGACAGCUUCAAAGGAUAUCGAGAGCAACCCUAUUCGCCCUUUUCCCCGGAUUCAAAGGAGCCCACGUCCGAGGAAUCGAAAGAGUACGUCGAUGCCCCCGAACAGGUCACGCCCAGCAAAAAGGAAAAGCCUCAGAACACUAUCACUUCAAUGUUUCUUAAACAAGCACAACGUCAAGCCCUCAAGAAGGAAACUGCGGAGGAAAAUGUCUUUCUCAAAGCGCCGAAGUCCCCCAAGCGACCCACUAAAGUUUUUGCCGUGGCUGCACCUACGCAAUUUCACAAUGUGCUGGCAGAAUCAAUUCAUGCACCACCACCUCCAAUGGAACUAUUCAACGCUCCCACGGUAUUUGCACAAUCACCCCCUGCUCCCUUGUUCUUCGCACAACAACGCCCCGCACUACCUAACGCCUUUCGCCAGUUCAAUAAAGCAAAGACGAUUGGUGUGCAGCCCUACCUUCCAACAAAGCUCGCACCAAACGUCUCCGAAUGCUCUUCUCAACUUUCUGAGCUACCAUUGUCUUACGAGCUUCGACAGCCUACACUUGGACUCAAACAGGACAGCGCUAACACUGUCCUUGCGGGGAUCUGUGGUCCCCACACAAUUGACCCCGCACCAUUUCAAGGUCGGGCAAAAAAAGCUACCGAUAAUACUCAGAAAGAGAGCAAGACAACUCCAAUCAAGCCAAGUGAGGACUCCCCUCCCCUUUCCCAAUUAUACUCUCCAACAUCACAUUUUCAAGGCACCGAUGAGAACCUCCGUCCCUCCAUGCCCCGAGUACUUGGAAACCAACCAUUCCAGUCUCGAAAACCCAGCCAGCCUCGUUGA